AUGAUGAAUCAGUCCAACUUGUCCACUGCCGAUCAGCAAACUACAGAUGACAGCCUGUACUUUCUGAUCGAUUAUGUACUAACCAUAUAUCUCUUCCCACUGUGCUCCUUGACUGGGAUCGUUAGUAAUGUAAUCAACAUGAUCAUAUUCUGCAGACUGGGACUGAAAGACAGUAUGAGUUUUAAUGUUUUCUCUUUAUCUUUGGCCGACUUUCUGACAACAUACAUCCAGUCUGUGAUAUUUUUCUGCUGCCUGAUCAAUCAACUGUACCCGUCUAUCAAUGUCCGUUUUUUAAUAUUGGGUCUAUAUUUCUUUAGAUGGUUGAUGAGCUCCAUGUACUUAACCUCGUGUUGGAUCACAGCUGUGAUAACUAUAGAACGAUGUUUUUGUGUGGUUUUCCCGUUUAAAGUUAAACUGAUCUUCACACGGCUUCGUAGUGUUAUUCAGAGCGACAGAGUUGCUGAAGGUCAAUGUGUAGAUUUAUCAGAGAACUUAGUCGUCAGCACUGAGCACUCACUCACUGUAGAUAUCAUCAACAUUUAUGUUCCUUUGUUCGUGUCCGUGUGUGCAACAGUAAGCAAUAUUGUCAACAUUAUUAUAUUUUGGAAGUUAGGGCUCAAGGACAGCAUGAGU